UCUUUCCCCGUCUUUCUCUUCCUCUCCUCCCUUCUUUUUCCCGCUUGGAGAACAGAAAGCAACUACCACCACCACCACUACACACCACCACCACCAUUACCACCACCGCUGGCGACGCCGUCGACGCCGACGCCGCUGCCGCCACUAUCGCCACCACCACCACCACUGUCACCGCCACCGACGACCGGAGAGACGCACGUAGUCUAAACGUGAGACUCGCACGGACGUUGUCGUUCGUCCUCGCCGGUGGUCCUCGUACACUGUUUUUCGAGCCAGCUCCGGUUGUACUUCGACUUCAUCCUUCAUCGAGGAGUGAUCAGAGAUAACAGGGCGUUCGAUUAUCGAGGGCGUUGAUCGGCGAGCACCAAGAUGGCAGCUUUCGUGGCGAAGCAGAUGGUCGGCAACAAGCUGAACGCGGUUAAAGGAGCCGUUGGUGGCGAAGGCGGAGACGAAGAUGACAAGGAGAAGGAAGAGGAGGCCGAGAGAGAGAGGCAAGAAGCCAUCAGGGAGGCUGAGGAGCGAAGGAAGGAGAAACACCGCAAAAUGGAAGAGGAACGGGAGAAGAUGCGACAGGAAAUCAGGGACAAGUAUAACAUAAAGAAGCGGGAAGAGGUGCAAGAGAUGACUCAAGAGGAGCCCAAUCCUUUGAUGCGCAAGAAAAAGACGCCAGAGGAAUUGGCCGCGGAAGCCGAGGCGGAAGAAGAGGACGAGAUUACAAAGAUCAAGAACGCGUUAGACACGCAUAUACAAGAGAUCAAAGCGCAAGUACUUGAUGGUAAAUGCGACCUCCAAUAAGCCUACCUAACACUCCUCGAAGCGGUCGGUAAGGAGGGCGGUGCAUCAUGCGCCGCCAGGGCCGCAUCCGCCUCUCAGCCCCUACGACACCACGAAAGAAGAAGAGAAGAACGAGCAAGAUCUGACGCGUUAUCGGAGAAGCGAAAGGAAAGAACGAUACGAAAGGAGGAAAAGUUCAGCGUCGUCGUCGUCGUCGUCGUCGUCGUAGUCUUCGGUUGGGUCUUCGUCGUCGUGUUGUUGUUCGUUCGAGAAUCGAUUCGAGAUACUCACCGCGUGUCCACGGAUGGCGACCAGACACGCACACCCUCCCUCCUCCGCACCUUCGUCCUCCGCCGUUCUCGAUCGAUCGAACGGCCGAUCGAUCUCAUCAAGGAGCGCGAUCGAAACCGAGCUGAAAAAUUUUUGACGAUUUUGGACGGGUCGAUUUUGGACGGGAGAAAUUUCGGGAGGGGGGUGAUGAUCGCGUUUUGAGUGUCGUCCGUUGCGAUCCGUUUGUCGAUCCGAUCGAAACGAAUUCGAGAGAUCGUUACGUGGAUAUGGCCACGGAGUGAUCUUGGGAAUGGAGGAAUAUCUGGAGAAUCUUUGGAGGAGCGGGACGAGGUCUCUGAGAUCUCGACGUCGAAACAACGAACAUCGAGUUGUCGAGGAAAAGGGAUGAUCGAAAGUGACGAUGAACCGUUUCCAUGGUCCGAUCGAGUGAAGAACGUGCGUAUAUAGAAAAUAUAUGAUAGGGAAAAAUAAAAAAUUAGGGGACGAUGACGGGAUAAAAAAGCGAGGACAUUGCGGCAGACACGAGAAAGUGUAAAGAGAAUAGUAGUGAGAGUUCGUUAAUAUUAGAUUCGGAGAAAGAUGAAAGGGCGAAGACGAUCCGAAAGAAAGGGGAAUUCGUUUAUGCCUUACGAUUCGAGGAGAGGAAAGAGACGAGACUAUCGGCGAGGAUAAAGAGAAAAGGAAAAAAAGGAAAAGAAAAAGAAAGAAAGGGAGAAAGCGAAAAAAAUCGUUUGAUCGAUCCGAAAGUCUAGUAUCGUGGCGUGAAAAUGAGACGCGAGCAGUCGAAGGGCGCGUGCAUAAUAAUAAUAUAUCUAUAUAUAUAUAUAUAAAUAUAAAAUGAAGAAAUAUAUAUAUAUAUAAAAAUAAGAAAAAUGAAAGAAGUAAAAAAGAAAAAAAAAAAAAGACGUAAAAUUAGUACCUAAGUUUCUAGUGAAUUUUCGAACAUAUAGUGGUAAAAAAAAAAAAAAAAAAAAAAAAGAAAAACUACCGGUAGCAGAGUUACGUAGUCACUAGUUUGUUCGACGGCUGUUCAAAUAACAAGGAGAUCAGAAUGGAAGAAGGAGUCAUUAUUAUUAUUCGAGUUAUUAAUUAUUCUCAUAGUUUAUUAUCGCGGUCAUUGUUCUUAUUAUUGUUACCAUUAAAUGUUUAUAUUUAGGGAAACAAAGUUAAGGAUCGAGGGCCACGAGAAACUAGGAGUCAAGAGACCAAAGAGUUUUUUCGAUCGCAAAAAAAAGACGGAGAAGGAUAGCUGAGAGAGAAAUAAAAAAAAAAAAAAAGAAAAAGAAAAGAUUAAUCCAGGAAACGAGCAACAAGAGAGAAACAAAAAAAAGUAACCGGCGGCCCUUGCUCUCCCUUCCGUCCAAAUUCGAAUUUUUCCAAUUUUACCUCUCGGCAAUAUAGCUCGAUCGCGAUCGAUCCGCGAGCGAAACGCGUAACACCUGAUCGAUUCUUAGGGACAAUUUAGUUAGGACACAUUACCAAAGAGAAGAAUAAGAAGAAGAAGAAGAAGAAGAAGAAGAAAAAAUAGAUAAAACGGUUAUAAAAAAAAAAAGUUAAAAAAAAAAAAAAAACGUGUCGUUAAGAAUAGCUCGACGAAUCGAGCAGCACUGACUCUCGCGCGUUUAAAGAUGCAUAAAUAGAAUAAAUAAUAGAUAAAAUAAAAUAAAAAAAAAAAAAGGGAAAAAAAGAAAAAAAAUAAAAAAGAAAAGAAAUGCCUUUCUUUCACGUUUAUACAGUGCGUUUCUAUCGAGUGUAAUUAAAGUAAAUAGUAGGUUAAUCGUUAGAUGAAAGGAAGAGAAAACCGAUAAUAAAAUAUGUUCGUUUAGAAACGGGAAAUAGAGAUUUUAGAGGAGUGUCGCGAUUCGAGAUCGAGAUGUUCUUAGCAGGGGAUAAGUUUUCAGGUGUUACCGCCGGAAACGUUCGAGCAAAGUAGCCAUUGUCUCAUCCUUUCUCGAACCGGUUCACCAAUCGUUUUCAUCUUGUGCUUCUCUACGUUCUCGUCUCCGUCUCGUUGUCGUGUGAACAAAAAAAAAAAAAACACACGAAACGCGUUGCGUACCGAGAACGACGAGUGAACAACAAUGGUGGACGGGAUGGACGGAGCAUCGACUGCCGGCAAGUAACGCGAGCCUUAUACAUAUACGAGAAUAUUAAAAAAAAAAAAAAAAAAAAAAAAAACGAGGAAUUCAAAUGCUCACACAUACGGAUACACAUAUUGCGUAACACUUAGAGACUUAUAAUAAUCGGAAAGAGAGAGGAAGAAAAAAGAAAAAAAAAAAAAAAAAAAAAAAAAAGAAGCAUUUCGUUCGAGAACGUUUCUUGUUCCUUCGAUCGAAAGAUCGGAUACGUUUAAAUGAAGAGACUGAGAAAAAAAAAAAAAAAAAAAAAUCUGUUUAAAUUAAAGAUAUUAUACAUUGUAACGUAGAUUCUUGCGUAACGUGAUUCUGAGUUGGUAUAUGUAUAGGGUAUGAAAAGCCAAAAAAAAAGAAAAAAAAAAAAAGGAUAAGUCGCGAUGGAAAAGGAAAUCCUAUGGACGAGAUAAACGUGCCGUUUAAUGCGUGAAAUUGUUUUUUUUUUCUUUUUUUUUUCCUUUUUUUUUUCUUUUUUUUUUUUCUUCUUUUUCGAGAUGAUCGUGAGAAGAGAGUGUGUGUUUUUUUUAUAUUCGUUGUAUCGUAACCUCGUUCUAACAAAACCGAUCUAUUCUUGUAUAUUCUUCUUCUUAACUAUCGAGCGUGUCUUCUCGUAUCGAUCUAUCGAUUGAUUCUGACUCUGAAGCAACGGCUAUCUUCUGAUUUCUUUGCGAGCUCGAGAUUCUCCUAACACGCGCUCCAUCAUACUUGACCAUUCGGAAAAACUAGGGAAAACAUUUAUCGACGAUAUAUAUAUAUAUAUACAUACGCCACGAGGAAAGAUUAUUGUUAUUCAUCGACUCUAAAAAAGAAAAAGAAAAAAGAGAAAAAAGAGAAAAAAAAAAUUUCAAUCGCUCCGACGAACAAUAUAAUUGCAAGUAAAAAACGCGAAACGAGGGAAUGAAACGAGGGAGUAGAAAAGAGAUUGGAAAAGAGGUUUCCUCGUCUCGUCGAGUUAAGCGUGCGUUACAUUUAGGACCGCGUCCCUAUUUUAAAAAAUGGAAAAUGCAACCUCAACGUCAGUCGAAAGUGAGAAGUCGGAAGGCCUUCUAGCCCAAACUUUUUUCCUGUGUACAAAUGGACGCAUGUCGAAGCUUUCUGUGUGCAGCACACUCUUGUUGUCGUUCUCGAUGUAUAAAAAACAUGUUUAAAAGCAUAUUUUUCGAAGGGUCGACACGAUUCUCAGCCGUUCUCGAGCACGUCCACGGAUUUAUCCUUCGCAACUUCGGAGGGAGUAGAAGAAAAGUAGAAAAUGUAGAAUUCGACUAUCGAAAAAGAUAGCACGAGAGCACCAGCGCUUUAAAAGUUUCUUCACAAACUUCGGUAAUGCGUCGAUACUUUUUUUUCGAACUUCGAACCUUGGAGUAAUUGGAAGAGGAGAAUAUACUUUACGAUAUUAAAAAUUUCGAAACUUUUAACGAUCUACUAUUUUAUCCGGCCAGCCAUAUUACUCGGGCGCACUGUAUAAUUAUUUACGAACGAACAAUGACGCAAAUCGCCAAGGAUAUACCUCGCCUCGUUAUAGAAAACCGCCGCUCGAUAUCCAAAACGAUUUCUCGAUCGCUAAAUUCUCCAAAACGAGCAGGAAAGAAAGUAAGUUUCAGCAGUCUACCGAAGAGAAAUUCAACCGACAGCCUUUUCCCCCUCCCCCUCCCCCCCUUCCAACUUUUCGAAAAACCUCUUCCGUGUUCGACUCUCCUUUCUUCCGUGACUCGAACUGCCGUAAAAUAUCUCUUGGCAGCUGUUUGUCCGCGAAAAACAAACCGAGAACUUUUCUAACCUUUUCCACCGCUCGACUUUAUAUAGCCCUUCGACCAGCUGGAUUGCCAGUGAACUUUCACCAACGAACUAUAAAAAAACUCUCGCGUAGAUUCGAUUUUAUACGUUAUUUCUUUUUUUUUCUUUUCUUUUCUUUUCUUUUUGAUUCGCGAACUGAUAUCGAUCGCGAUCAUUUCGAAAAUUACAAUAUCGUUUGAAAAAAAAUUAUAUUAGACGCAAUUAAUAUUUGGACAUAUUUACGAUAACAGCGAUCGAGAAAAACGUUGAACUCGUCUGUAUAAAUUUCUAUCGAACGAGGCGAUUAAAAAAGAAAAGGAAGAACGAGAAAGCGAAGUGGACGUGCUUCGCAUCUGAAUCUACUUGACAUAGUCUCUCUCUCUCUAUAUAUAUAUAUAUCUCUAUCUCUCUUCCUCUAUCUUUCUCUCUCUCUUUCUCUGUGUCUCUCUCUCUCUCUCUUUCUCUUUCGUGUCUCUUUCGUGCAUGCAAACUGUCUCUCUCUCUCUCUCUCUCUCUCUUGUCUGUCGAUGUCGAUGUCGUUGGUUGGAUCUUCUCUUAUCGCGCGUGAGAUCUUCGAAGAUCAGUCGACUUAUGAAGAAAAAGAAAAAAAAAUGGGGAAGGAGAAAAAAAAAAAAAAAAAAAAAAAGUAACAGAGAUCAAAACUAGAGAACGCCGUUAUUUUGCUACUCGAAAGUAACAAAGAAGAAAGUCCAAUGAGAAGUAGAGAGUGUAAUAACAUAUCGCGAUGAUUUUCGAAGAUCCGCGGAGAGACUCGCAUUCUUUCUCUCCAUAAACGAUCUCUUUAGAUUAAUUCGUAAAAACGCUUUAAAAUGUACCUAGAACCUACGAGAUUCUAUUCUACACUCUUCCUCGUCCUUAUUCCUUUUAAAAAAAAUGCGCCUUUUUCCUCUCCCGUCCAAGCAUAUUUUCCCCUUUACCGACCGAAUCCUCAUACACCGCCAUACACUUCCACCUUCCCCUUCCCCUUCCCCUUCCUCUUCUCCUUCCCCUUCCCUCACUCCAGCCCCGAAAAAAAAGUAAUUGUCUCGCAGAUUCAGAUUCUUCUGUGCGAUUCUAAUCUUGAUAUAACACUUGAAGUCAAUUACUUAAUCCAAAGGUGUAUACAUUAUAACUAUUAUAUAUUUGAUUCUAAUAGAGAGAGAUAUACGCUCGUAUGUUUUUUCUUGCGAAUUUUUCGAUAAUAUAAAUAUAAUAAAUAACGAAACACAAAUAAGUUGAAUUGAAUAAUAUUCUAAUAGUUACUAUACGGAGUGUGUAAGCAUUGUUCGCGUCACGCGGUGUUAAAGAAGUGGCAUGAGUUUCGGUGCAACACGAAGCGAAAUCAUAUAUCGUCGCGAGAAUUCGCGAUCGAUAUCGAGAAGGGAAGCGAUCAAUUGGGCAACAAAGUGAAAUUCCCCGACAAUUUCAAAAACUUGACAGAUUGAAACUUGCAACGCAGGAACGGGUAUAGUUAAAAAUAAUAAACUGUUUUCCUAUUCCUUGCGCUCUCUUUAACUAUUUCUCUGUCUGUCCUCUCUGUUUCGAUCUCUCUCUCUCUCUCUCUCUCUCUCUCUUUCUUUCUCUCUUCCUCUUCUCUCACUCGUCCUUUUCUCCUAAAAGUGAACAAAUUUUUUUUCUCUUUGUCGUCUUGUAUAUGCCUUCUCGCUCGAUGUGUCUACUACGCUGUAUGCUCUUUAAAGUCACGACUAUUUAAUGCAUGUGUCACGCGUAAAAGCGAACGAAUAAAACGAAUAAAAAAUAAUUAAAAAAGAAAAAAAAAAAGAAGUCUUAUACGCUAUUGUUAUCGCUGAUUAAUGUCGUGUGUCGUUGUUGUUUCUCGAUGUAAUCAAUUAUAUACUUCGAUAUACUUCGAUCCUCUAGUCGAUGUUAAAUACCUAAUCUAGCUUUGACAUUUUCCCCCUUUUCUUUUUUUUUCCUCGCAUUAUAUCGUACGUGUAAAUUCAAUUAAAAGCUCUGUGUGUGCCUUUUGUUUCGUGUCUAAUUUGAUUUGAUAAACGUAAAAAAAAAAGCGAUGUGAUCAACGUAUCAUGUAAUGAUUUAUCUCUGCGUAAGUUCCUAUCCUGUAGUAGAAAUAUUUUUAAACGUAUAUAAACGCAUCCAUUGUUAUAAUUUGUCGAGAUACGAGCAGGCCGUUUGCCGACGAUUUUUCACUACCGCUAGAUUAAACAAAUCAAAUUUCAUCCACCAAUUGUCACGUGUACGCGUGCGAAAUUCAACAUUUAACAGUGUCGUUGCAAAAGUAGAAGAGAAAAAUAUGACGAUUUUCGGGUUAAAAGGCGAAGUUUCGAUCUUCCUUGUGUAAUUUUUAAUGAAACGAGAACGAAAAAGAACGCGGUCCGAAAAAUCAAAACGAAGCAAAAAUCGUAGAAACGAAUUUUGAGAGGAAUCAAAAUUCCAAAGAAAAAAGAAAAAAAACCAGUCGCGUGGAAUAUUCCGCAAACUUUCUCCUCUUCGAUUAUCUUUCAUCUUUUAGGUUCUACGAACUGUCUAUUUUCCAUCUCCUUAAUUUUUUUUUUUUUUUUUUAACGAGCGUUUCGAAUCCUCCACUUUGCACACACACAUACACACACAUAUAUUUCGAUCAAAUCAAACUAUUCCGGGCCACUUAUCGCUCUAUCCUUCACAUCCUUUACCUAUGAAGCCACCCUAAGCCUAUACGCGGCACGUGGCAAGUGAUACUUUAAUAAAUCUACUUGAUUCGUGUUUUAGACGAUCGUGAUUAUUAUUAUGAUUAAAGAAAAAAAAACAAACAAAAUGAAUAAAAAAAAAAAAAAAAAGAAAAUAAUAGAGUCUCGUUUUCGACGUGUCACGUCGAGAGAAUUCUAUUAUCAAAGAGGCGGAAGAGCCAACUAAGGUUCGUCACGAUUUUAACCGAUCUCGACGAAUUGCACUUAUAAAUUAGAAAGUAGUACUCGCUAGAAAAGUACAACUGACUCGUCGAAACGAGACACGCGUGGAAUUAAUAUUGUAAAAGAUAGUUAACGGGCCCUCCUUAGGUUCCUUAGGUAACGAGUGUUUAACGAGAGAGAGAAAAUAAAAAAAAAAAAAAGAAAGAGUAAGAAGAAAAUUACGAAGAGAACGCGUUAGGUACGAUAAUGCGCCGAAACGUUAAGAUUAUAACGUUCUUUUCUUCAUGUACAUAGUCUCGCGUAUUACCUAGACCUGCGUUUAGAAUAACCGAAAGAUUUUCGUUAUUCGUGGUUUCGUUCUACGAAACGAAUGAAUGGAAGACGAGAUGCAGAUGCUGCGUUCCCUUUGGAAAUUUGGGAUACCUUUUUUUGUCCCCGAUUUUUGCCUUCGAUUUUCACUCGAUCGAUCGAAUCUUCGAUUCCUGGAUAGAAACCUCUGACUGUGAAACUAGAGAGUGGUUUUUCAAAAUUCCGGGAAGGAAAAGAAGGAGUUUCUUUUUUUUUUAAAUAUAUAUAUAUAAACACGUUCGUCUCUAAUUUUGAGUUCGAUUUUUUUUUUUAUUCGAAAUCUUCGAUUG